CUGAGAGGCGGAGCCCGGUCCCGGCGGCCUGUCACAUAGUUCCCGCGGUGGGCGGCUGCCGCCACCUCUUUGAACCACGGAGAGACUCCUCGGAGCGCUGUAAGUCUCCCCGGACGGGAGCCCGCUCUGCUGAUAUCUACAAAAUGACUGAUAAUUUGGAUGAAUUUAUUGAAGAGCGAAAAGCCAAAUUGGCCAAAGACAAAGCAGAAUUGGAAAGUGAUCCACCUUACAUGGAAAUGAAGGGAGAGGCAUCAGAGAAGCUUUCUGAAAACAGUAAAAUAUUAAUCUCCAUGGCUAAGGAAAACAUACCACCAAACAGUCAACAGACCAGGGGUUCCUUAGGAAUUGAUUAUGGAUUAAGUUUACCACUUGGAGAAGACUAUGAACGAAAGAAACAUAAACUAAAAGAAGAAUUGCGGCAAGAUUACAGACGCUAUCUUACUCAGGGUAUUGCACAAGCAAAAAGAAAGAAAAAUUUUCUAUCUACGAGUGAAACAGAUCCAUCUACUCUGGGAGUUUCUCUUCCUAUUGGUGAGAGGUUAUCUGCCAAGGAAAGGUUGAAACUUGAACGCAACAAAGAAUAUAAUCAAUUUCUGAGGGGUAAAGAAGAAUCCCUUGAAAAGUUCAGACAGGUAGAAAAGAGUACUGAGCACAACAGUCAGAGAAAUAAAAAACCUAUCAGCCAGGUUAAACCUGAUUUACCUCCACAAAUACACACAUCUUGGGAAAAUUCAGAGGGUCCUAGGAGAGAAAUCUUAACUCCUUCAGAAGCAUAUGAAGAGCUCCUAAACCAAAGGCGACUAGAGGAGGACAGAUAUCGACAACUAGAUGAUGAAAUUGAAUUAAGGAAUAGAAGAGUCAUUCAGAAAACUAAUGAAGAAGUGGGCAUUUCCAAUAAAAAACAUCAAAGUUUUGCCAACAAGGCUGACAUCUCAGAUAGAAGAUUUCGCAGGUUUAAUGAGGAUCGUGUUUUUGAUAGACAGUAUUAUAGACCAGACCAAGAUCCUGAAGGAAGUGAAGAAAUGGACGAGAGGUUUAGAUAUGAAAGUGAUUUUGAUAGAAGACUUUUGAGAGUGUAUACAAAUGACAGGAUGUACGGGAACAGACGAGGGAGUGUGCCUCCUGUGGAGUGUGGUGGUGAUGUCACAGAACAGUCAAACAUACGAAUUUCAUCUGCUGGAAAUAAAAGUGCUCGAGACAAUGAACCAUCCAAAACUACUAACCGAGAGAUCUGCAGUCCUUUUGCGGGGAUGCUCUUUGGAGGCGAAGAUCGAGAACUUAUUCAGAGAAAGAAAGAGAAAUAUAGACUAGAAUUACUAGAACAAAUAGCUGAACAACAGAAGAACAAGAGACGAGAAAAAGAUUUGGAACUCAGAGUUGCAGCUUCUGGAGCUCAAGACCCUGAGAAAUCGCCUGAUAGACUAAAGCAGUUUGGUGUGGCGCCAAGACACUUUGAAGAAACGCUGCCCCCUGAAAGACCCAGAGUAGCUUUCCAGACGCCUCUGCCUCCGUUAUCUGCCCCAUCUGUCCCACCCAUCCCAUCAGUUCAGGCCAUCCCAUCACAAAGGGAAGAUCUGCACAACGGACUCAGCAGCACCCUUGGUGAAAUGGUGCCUCCCAGGAUUGUGCCUUUGCCUCCACCUCCCCUUCUACCACCUUUGGCUACUAACUAUAGAACUCCUUAUGAUGAUGCAUACUACUUUUAUGGGGCCAGGAAUACUUUGGAUCCCAGUCUUGCUUACUAUGGUUCAGGAAUGAUGGGAGUACAGCCUACAUCUUAUGUUAGUGCUCCUGUCACCCACCAGCCAGCACAACCUAUUAUGAAUACAGUUAGACAGAAUGAACUGAAAAUUACAAGUGAUCGAGCAAUAAAUUCAGGAUUGUUUUUUGAAGAUAAACCAAAGCCUUCAAAACAGUCACUUCAGUCUUACCAAGAAGCUUUGCUGCAGCAGAUUCGGGAAAGAGAAGAAAGAAGGAAGAAAGAACGUGAAGAAAAAGAAGAAUAUGAAGCUAAAUUAGAAGCUGAAAUGAGAAGUUAUAACCCCUGGGGGAAAGGUGGAGGUGGUGCUCCUCUCAGAGAUGCGAGAGGAAAUCUGAUAACUGAUUUGAAUAUGAUGCACAGACAAAAUGUAGAUGCCUACCAUAACCCAGAUGCAAGAACAUAUGAAGAUAAAAGGGCUGUUGUAUCUCUAGACCAAAAUUUAGCCACUUCAAAUGCUGAGAACCUAGAAGACUCUGCAAAUAAAAACUCAGGUCAUAUGCAAACGCAGAGCUCUCCUUUUGCUCGGGGAAAUAUAUUUGGUGAGCCUCCAACUGAACUUCAGAUUAGACAGCAAGAAUUAUACAAGAAUUUUCUUCGUUUUCAGAUUGAGGAAAAAAAACAAAGAGAGGAAGCAGAGCGAGAGAAACUGAGAAUUGCAGAGGAAAAAGAAGAAAAACGGCUUGCAGAACAGAGGGCACGAAUUCAGCAAGAGUAUGAAGAGGAACAGGAAAAGAAAAGAGAGAAAGAGGAGGAGCAAAGGCUAAAAAAUGAAGAGCUUAUUCGGUUAGCUGAAGAAAGACGAAAAGAAGCAGAAAGAAAGAAGAAAGAAGAAGAAGAAAAACACAACCUACAACUUCAACACUACUAUGAAAGAGAAAAUGUAAUCGGGGAAGAAACAAAGCGCUUGAGACAUCCUUCUCCUGUAGUUCCUGCUCUUCAGAACAAAAUUGCAAGCAAACUCCAAAGACCUCCUUCAGUUGACAGCAUUAUAAGUUCCUUUAUUCAAGAAAGUUCCAUGUCCAGGGCACAGUCUCCUCCGGUACCUGCCAGGAAAAAUCAGCUCCGUGCAGAAGAGGAGAAAAAAAAUGUAAUUAUGGAAUUAUCAGAAAUGAGAAAACAGCUUCGUAGUGAAGAGCGGCGUCUACAAGGGCGAUUGCUACACAUGGACAUUGAUGAUGAAAUUCAUAUAAGGAAAAGAGAAAGGAAUCCUAUGGAUAUAUUUGACAUGGCUAGACAUCGGUUGCAAGCUCCAGUCAGAAGGCAGUCACCUAAGGGCUUAGACCCUACUGCUUUUCAGAAUAUUCAUGACUUUAAUGAGCUGAAAGAUAGAGAUUCAGAAACACGACUUGAUCUGAAAUUUAUGUACCCAGACCCUCCAAGAGAUCGUCACACCUUAGAGAUUCAGCAGCAAGCCCUGCUGAGAGAGCAGCAGAAGAGACUGAAUAGAAUAAAAAUGCAGGAAGAUGCUGAAGUCCCAAGCAGGCUCCCUUCACUGGCUUGUAGUCCCAGAAAAGAACAAGUCCAAGAGAGGGCUCUGAUUGGCUUGGCUGGGGUCAUACAUCCAUGCAUGAGGAGCAUCCAGCCAUUCACCACAGCCAGAGGACUGAAUCCCUUGACUAGGCCAGGUGACAUCUGCACCAGGAACUGGGAACCAAGGGAAGGAAUGCUGGGCAAACACAUCAGUGCCCUACGGGGCAUUUCUCUACUGUGUGUGUGUGUGUCUGUUUAAAUCUUGGUACGGCAUAAAAAUCUGUAAAGCAUCAGACUUGGCUAUGAAUAUCUUCUUGUAUAAUCAGCCAAUCAACAGAUACUUUCUGAGUGCUUUCUGUGAGCCCAGGUGCUGAUCUGUAUCUAGGAGAUAUGAUGAUGAAUGAAAUAUGCUACUUCUCUCAAGGAGCUUAGACUGGAUUAGAGAAGUUAGAUGCUAAAUGGGUAUAAGUGUGAUAAAUGCUACAAAAGAGAAAUCUGGGGUCCCUUGGGAGUGUGUAACGGGGGUGGGGGUGGGCGGGCAGGCACCUAGAGGCAGAGUGGAGCUAGUUGCCUCAGAGAGCAUUGAUGGGCCCUAUUGACCUGGGUGUACUGCAUGACCUUCACAUGUAUUUCGCUAGCUUGGCCAGCCUUCAGUCCAUUGGGGGUGGCUAUGGAAAAUGAGUUAUAAAAACACAACAAUCAGGUAACAAGAAGAGGAGGAGAUGGUCCUACCAGUUAUUUUUAGGGAAAUUUAAGACCCUACCUUAGCAGGCUAGUCUGGCUGGCAGAAUUUGGGGAACAUUUUUUGAUGGCAUGAGACAGUAUCACAGGAGUAAGUAGUGUACCACUUUGGGCCCAGAUCACAGGUCAAGACUUUGAUAAAAAUUGUAUAUAGGGAAAGUCUUUCCUCCAACUUGUACAGAAUUUUUAACAAUGGUCUCAUAGAUCACCUUCUGACAGCAGAAUAACCCAAACUCUAUGAUAAAUAGUAGGCAUAUCAUCAGGAGAGAAGAGAGAAGCAAGUACAUUAUUAAACCUUUACAUCCAUUUUGGUGGAAUUUUUCCUUAGGAUACCCAAUUGAUGAUCUGAUCUGAUGCGAUCUUGGCAACUGAGGCUGAUUAGCCCUAACAUAGUCCUCAGGUGGAGACAGGUGCAUUUUGGCACUGAGGGUAUCCAUUUCUCAUAGCAACCAUCCCUCAACUUCCAGCAAACACUACGAUGACUUGAUUCAUAAGAAUAUGGUUUAUGUUUAUAGAAACAAUCACAAAAAUGGCUAUAAAAUAUCUAAGUAGGAAAACAGCCUAUUGUUGGCAGCCUAUUUAUUCCCAAAGGCAGUAUGUAAAAGGACAAAAUGCACUAUUCAGAGGCAGAAGUAGGAACACUGGUCACAUCGGAGAAGCCUUUGGGAUAUCUGAUCCAAAACCUUUGCCCCUGGAACCAGGUGCCUGGCAUUUACCUUCCUUCAAUUCCAUGUGAGGGAGUCCCCUGUUUAACUCCACUCAACCGCUUUCUACACAGAGUGUAGACAUAUGAGAGAAGAUGGUGAAGAAUCCUGCAUUGUUUUCUUUUUCUGUAGGCAUUAAUUUUAAGUUCACAAUGAUUUUACUUUUUAUAUUCAUUAAUGUGAAUGGGAGAAUUUUAUCCAACUAGAAUGGAUGCUGGGUUAUAUUUAUUGAUAAACAAGUCGUAUCUUAAAAACAUUCUGAAAUACAAUAGUUGAAAAGUAAUUUCCAGUAGAAAGCUAGUCACAAAAGAUAUUCCAAAAUUUAUUUUUAUUUUUUAAACAUUUUCUAACCUUUUAAUUUGUUUUUGUUCUCCAC